AUGAUGCUCGCGGUUCAGGUCCUGCGGCUGGUGGUCUGCAUCCUGGUGCUUCCCAUGUUUCUGCUGAACCUUCUAGGCAUGUGGAGAUGGAUAAGCAAAAGGUUCUUUCCCUACUUCAUGAAGGAGUUCGGUGUGAUAUUAUACAACAAACAGAUGGCGAGCCUAAAGCGGGAGCUCUUCAGCAACCUGCAGGAGUUCGCGGGCCCCUCGGGGAAGCUGUCACUGCUGGAGGUGGGCUGUGGCACCGGGGCCAACUUCAAGUUCUAUUCCCCCGGGUGCAGGGUCACUUGUAUCGACCCCAACCCCAACUUCGAGAAGUACCUGUUCAAGAGUGUCGCAGAGAACCGGCAUCUGCAGUUCGAGCGCUUCGUGGUGGCGGCCGGAGAGAACAUGCACCAGGUGGCCGAUGGCUCUGUGGACGUGGUGGUCUGCACCCUGGUGCUGUGCUCGGUGAACAACCAAGAGAAGAUUCUGCACGAGGUGCACCGAGUGCUGAGGCCGGGAGGAGCCUAUUACUUCAUAGACCAUGUGGCAGAUGAACCGUCCACCUGGAAUUACUUCUGGCAACAGGUCCUGAAUCCUGUCUGGUUCCUUGUUUUUGAUGGAUGCAAUCUAACAAGAGAGAGCUGGAAGACAUUAGAGCAGGCCAGCUUCUCGAAGCUGAAGCUGCAGCACAUCCAGGCACCACUGUCUCUUCCUUUGGUGCAGCCCCACAUCUACGGCUGUGCUGUGAAAUAG